GACUAGAUUACCUCCACUCUAGUACCAAGGGCAAAGAGAUGAUAGUACACCGUGAUAUUAAAAGCGCAAACAUUCUAUUGGAUGAUAAUUGGGUGGCAAAGAUUGGGGAUUUUGGGCUCUCCAAAAUACACCAUGUGGAUCAAAAAGGUAGCACCCUCGUUACCUCCAAUAUUGCCGGGACAGAAGUGUAUUUGGAUCCGGAAUAUAUGAAUACAGGUAAGUUGAAAAAGGAAUCAGAUAUAUACUCUUUUGGAGUGGUGUUAUGUGAAAUCAUGUGUGGGAGGAUGGCAUAUGACAAUAUUUACUUCGCCAACAAUGAAAAAGGGCUCCCAUCAAUAGCAAGAAGAUGCUUCAAUGAUAGAACAUUGGAGGAAAUUAUAGAUCCAAAAUUAAGGGAAGCUGAUGAGGACAUUUUUAGGCUUGAUGGAGGUCUCAAUCAAGAUUCUUUGGACACAUUUUGCAACAUUGCGUAUCAAUGUUUGGCAGAAACUCAAGUAAAGCGUCCAACAACCGAAAUCAUCAUCAAAGAACUGACAAAAGCAUUUAAUUUUCAAAAAAAUAGCAAAGACAACCUCCAAAUUUCACUUGAAGAGAUUAAGUUAGCGACACAAAACUUCAGUGAUACCAAGUGCAUCGAAGAAGGAAGAUAUUGGAAGCAAUAUGAAGGGAAAAUUCCAAAUGCUAAUGGAUGUAUUGAUGUUGUUGCAAAGCGGUUCGAUAGCAAGUCUGAUAAAGGAAAUCAACAAUUCGUUGUGGAGCUUAAAGUUCUUUUUGAGCAUACAUACGAGAAUAUCGUUAGUCUAGUAGGCUAUUGUAAUGAAAAGGGUGAAAAAAUCAUUGUUUAUGAGUAUGCAUUGAAUGGAAGACUUGAUAAGCAUUUGGACAAUAUUAAUCUUACAUGGAUGAAACGCCUCAACGUAUGCGUUGAUAUUGCAAGAGGAUUGGAAUCUCUUCAUAGUGGUGGUUUAAAAGAAGGGACUCGGAUGAUGCAUAGAGACAUCAAAAGUUCUAGCAUUGUACUAGAUGGUGAUUGGAUUGCAAGAAUUUCUAAUUUGGAGUUGUGUUCCUUACUUUGGGAAGCUGGGGAAACUGAUCAUAUCACUGAUAAUGCUUAUAGAUCGAUGUGCUACGUCGAUCCAAAGUACAAAGUUAAUGGUUACUUAAGAGCGGCAUCAGAUAUAUAUUCAUUAGGGGUGGUGUUGUUUGAGAUAUUAUGUGGGAUUUUAGCGUGGACUGACGGAGGCAAGGGUCGCGAGUCUUUAGGUCUUUUGGCUACAAGGUGCUGUAAAGAAGAUAAGCUUAAUGACAUAGUGUUUCAGGGCAUAAAGGAACAAAUUAGUAUCCAAUCAUUCUCUAUAUUCCAACAGAUUGCCUAUAAAUGCUUAAACAACCAUUAUAAACUAGAAACUAGUAUGGUGGUAAAACAACUAAAGCGGGCACUCGAAUUCCAAGAGGAUUAUGAGAUAUGGGAGCCGAAAUUGCCUAAAGACUACAAAGAAAUAAUCUCAAUGUCAAAAAAUCCAGAGAUUUAUUUUGGUGGAAAGAAAAAGGAUAUAUACGACGUUCUCAACAAAGGAAUCCUCCUUCAAGAAGGCAAGCUGUGGUUUUUACUCGGGAGUAAUGGAGAAAGAAAUGAAAUGAUAUCUUCAAAAAAAUUGUCAUACAAAAAUAAACGGGCACAUACAUGGCGAUCUAUUCCGCAGUCAAGGUUCUCUUCUAUUAUUUACCUUGAUCUAUACUCAUCCGCACACAUAUAAUUGAAUGCUAUAUGCUAAAUUUCUUUUCUUUUUGGUUUUAUGACUUAU